CGGCGGUUCAAAGUGACGCCGAGAUUUCGCGCCAUCAUGAGCCUAAUCCCGGAAGUUCCGGCCACUCCUUCGCACCGCUUCCGGUUCAUUCCGGGCCGGCUCAUCCGGAAGCGGCCGAACCACCACAGCCGGAAGCUGCUCGAGAAGCUCGAGAAGCUCGUUGUGCAGGUGAAGCCAGACGACAGCCCGUACGCCGGUCUUCUUAUCAGCCCGACGUUACAGAACAACUCCGACGAAACAUUUGACGUGAAGCUCAAGAUAUUCGCCGAGGAUCUUCACAAGCCAGUGUCGUUCUCGUGUCCCGCCGCUACUCGAGUCGGCUACCUGGUCGACAGCCUGAAACCUUUCCUGGGAGACUCUAAAGGCUCGUUCGUCUUCAAGGUGACGGGCCUGGACGAGUACCUCUCCAACGAAACCGUUCUUAGCGACUACGAGUACAUCUGCGCCUGUCGCCGACUCGGCAAAACAGCGUGGCUUACUUUGGUCAGCCUAGAUGCCGUGCAGCGACCGUGGACGCUUGUGACUUGCGACGAGUGCGACUUGGACGUCGGUGGUGGCGGCGCCGAGUCCGAAAACUUGAUCGGCUACGAAGACGUCAAGGAACGAGUAAUCAAUUUCGAGAACUCUGCAGAACGAUUGAUCGCGGAAGCCGAGAAGUCGUCGACGUCCGCAGUGGGGAACGGGGAAGGGGGCCUCCUGGCGUCUGCUGAUGAAGUCAGGAGGGCCGUAAUAGAUCUGUGUGUGCUGCUGGGAGAGACGGAAACUGAUGAAGUGCAUAGGUCAACCAUGGACUUGGUAAAAUUCUUACGCGAAAUUGUUUACGACAACAGAGACGCAGCGGACGCCACGAAGAAGGCCUUCCUGGUCGGCCGCUUCGUCGAGGACAUCGGAAUGGCGUUGGCAAGAUUUCUGGACAUGCACUCGGAGAGGCGCCUCGUUGAGUUCGCGGUGGAUUACCUCGAUGAUCGGUUGUACCGAAGGGCAAGCCAUGAUUACGUUGCCGAUAGCAACGAGCUCUUCGGACCACGGAUCGAGAUGGCGACGCAGCUUCAAAAAUGGUGGCUCCAAGAGUACGAGACUUUCACGGUAGAUUGUGCGCUCACGUACGGCGAACGCCUUCUCAGCCACAAGGCGACGCGCAAGGUGUGUGUGACCCAAAAGUUAUUCCAGUGCAUCAACUUCGACGAGCGGGUAGUCUUCAAGAACGCGGCGAUACGUUCACUGCCCCGCGAGACGAAACUGUACAUGACUCUAAUAGGCCACCGAGAAGGCGUGGACCAGGUGCUCGGAUGGACCGCGUUGAACGUCUUCGCUGACAGGGAACACUUCAAUGGCGGCGAGUUCCUUUUGGGUCUGUGGUCGGCCGAUACAGUGUCGCCGCGCGGACCAGCCUGCGCCAGUGAGAGGGACAAAGGUUACCUGCACGUCAGCUUGCCUUACGUAAGAAAUCCUGCCGCGCUUUCAAAAUCAAUUUCGCGCGAGCCUCAGGAAGCAAUAAAGAAACCCUUCCAGAGUCUCAGUGCGAGCAUACAAAGGACUCUGCUCGACCUGACGGUGAAUGACGUGUCUCAAUCACUGCCCCAGACCGUUCGCGACAUGGUAUGGCACUACCGUCAUUACCUGUGCGACUUUCCGAGCCUGCUUCCGCACUUACUGCGGCACCCUGCCUGCUGGAACGCCGCCAACAUCGACGAGACGUACAUGCUGGUGCGAGCUUGGUGUCCACUUAGCCCAGAGGAGGCGCUCACGCUUCUCUCCGCAACAUUCCCUGACAGCCUGGUUCGCAAGUACGCCGUACGAUCCCUGCAAAGCGUCGGCAGUGACGAGCUGUCCCUCUACUUGGCUCAGUUGGUCGAAUCCCUGAGAUUCCAAACCUGGGACGAUUCGUUCUUGGCUGUCUUCUUGCUACAAAGGGCACGACAGAGUGUUCGGCUCGCGCACCAGCUUUACUGGUGGCUCACGGGGAUGAUAAACGAGCCACUGAUGCGGCACAGGGCGCUGGUCAUGCGCAAGGCGCUGUUUUUUAUCGCCGGAGAGAAGGUGUCGGCCAGCUUACUAACGCAAGUCAUAAUCGACGACAUGCUCGCAGAGGCAGCUCACAAUAUCAAAGAUGCCACUGACAGCCAGAAGCAGGAAGUGAUGCGCCGAGACCUAACCAAGUUAAACGAAUCCUUGAAGACCCUCAAAUUGCGGCUACCUCUAGAUCCCGCAAUAAGCGUCGAGUCCAUCGACAUUGACACAUGUUGCAUAUUUCCCUCAAAGACCUUGCCCUUCAAGCUCGUCUUCAGGUCGUCCGAAGAAGCAGCAGAAAAGAUUGAGGUCAUCUACAAGGCGGGUGACGACCUGCGCCAGGACAUGCUCAUACUCAGCGUCAUCCGGCUCAUGGACAAACUGUGGCUGGAGAGCGGCAUGGACUUGAAGAUGCUCACUUUCAAGUGCAUCGCGACGGGCGAAAAUUGUGGUUUCGUAGAAGCCGUUCGCGACGUUUCCACGCUCCGGGCCAUCCAGAUGGCGCACUCUGGCGUCACGGGGGCCUUCAACAACCGCACCAUUACUGACUGGUUCUGGAAGCACAACCAGUCUCGCGCCCAGUACCAGGCGGCGGUGGACAACUUUAUCAAGUCUUGCGCUGGUUGCUGCGUGGCCACGUACGUUCUCGGUGUCGGUGACAGGCAUAACGACAACAUCCUCCUAUCUACCACGGGUCACAUGCUGCACAUCGACUUCUCCAAAGUUCUGGGGCGUGCCGAGACACUGGGAGGAAUCAAGAGGGACCGAGCUCCGGUCGCGCUCACGCCGGACAUGGUGUACGUCAUACGCCGGAACGCGGGAGAGGCACACUUCGUGCGCCUCUGCUGCGACGCCUACAACGUGAUCCGUCGAAACUCGAACCUCCUGCUGGCGCUCUUCAGCAUCAUGAAGUACUCGGGAAUGGUCGACGUCGACCGCAACGCGCUCGCCUACCUGCACCAAUCUAUGUCGCUCGACGCGACCGACGAACAGGCGGCGAGGCACUUCGAGAAGCGGAUACGCGAGAGCGUCAUGACCAUAGCGACCAGCUUCAACUUCUUCAUCCACAACCUGGCAGUGCUCGGGGCGCCCACGAAGGGUGAGUGCACGCUGAAGUUGUCCUUCAACCCGCGCGACUUCAGCGUCGCCGCCGAAGGGCGCAUAGUGAAGCUUCGCGUCGAAGGGAUUCGACUCCGCUACCAUCCCGAGCGAUACUACGUGUACGUGGUGGCGGUGGCGCGCGAGUUCCCGCCGACGCAGUCGGUGGUGCGCACGUACAAGCAGUUCCUCGAACUGUACAGCAAGAUGUGCAAGAAGUUUCCCGAGUGCGACUUCUGCCCGCUGUCCAGGGGCACGGUGUUCAGCUCCGAGAGCGACGAGUCACUGGCCCUGCGGCGCAAGCGCUACAUUCAGGAAUUCCUCGACUCAGUCAUGGCGCUGCCGGACGAAGUGGCCCACUACAGGCUCAUGUACAGCUUCUUCCACCCGCUUCCACGAGACCUGGAACUGAGGGGCAAGGUGCCCAUCACGAUAGCCAUGUGAACGAUGUGCGCGCAUGCAUGCGUGAAAGGCCAUGCCGUUUCGGCCAGACUGCGGCGUUCUGGACCCAGAACGUGAUAUAGUAUGCGACGCGUAUGUGUGCGAGCGCAAAUGUCCUUAGGCAAUCUUGUAUAUGUACAGUACGAAACUGAGUCUGCAGUUCAGAGAGUAUGUACAAUGUAAAGCUGCAGAAUGUGGACCUAUAGUCAAGAGACGCUUCGGAUGUGCAAGGUACGCGACAGCUGUGUGUACUAAAACGUAGGUUCACGCUAAACAGGUCAAUUGUUGCAGGUCAACUGGUCAAUCGUCAACCGGUUGUUAUUGACAUCUACGCUGCUACUCGCUAAAAACUGUUAUGCUGUCAUGUAUAUAUUGUUCAACAAGGUGCUAAAUGAGCAGUAUUCAGCGAUAGGACAGGACAUAAGGAAAAACUGUGUACAUAGUUGUUUACUCUAGUCGGGUCUUGUUCAUCGUGAAAACGAAAUUAUAUUAGACAAAAUAUUUACCAACUCUACGUAGGCAUGGCACGAACUGACGGAUACAGUCCCGUACACAUUACUUCGCUGAAAGGCAAAUUCUCUUCAAACGUUGCAAACAUUCGUGAUGAUAUACACAUAGAUAUGAUUUAUGCGAGAGGCGUAUUACGCCGUCUAUUGACGAACAACGAGUUGUUGGAGAGAUCUUUGUCUUUCGGCGGACUUAAAGUGAGUCCAAAUACGUCGGGAAUGACCGCAUUCGUAAAUGAAGAGGUGCCGUUAAAAGGGUUGAUAGGUGAACCGUUUGGUGUAAAUUCAUUAUCAAAACUUGGCAGUGCAAACAAAGUGGACAGAGAGAGAUAGUUGGGCAUAAAGGUUUUGUUAUAGCUUGCUCGGUGAAAUGAACCAAAGCGGCGAGAACGACAUCAGUAGCAUAUAUCGCGCGUACGUAAUGUAUAGUCGCGACAGAAAACAAUUAUCACAAUGACCACAGAAGCCAAGUCGUGACUAGCACUGAAAUUCGGUCUUUACGAUAGUCAUCAUUUUGACAGCCACUCCCGCUUUAACAGGUGGUGCCUGCUACCUGUUCUUGUCAUUCCCGGAAACAAGACGACCAAUGUCGCGCGAUCUUCCCGCUGCGAUAUUGGCUACUUGUGCGAUCUUUUUUUUUCUAUCGCGACUAUACCGAUACAAAUAUGCUUGUGGCAUACGCAACAACUCCUUUAUAAGGCCAGGGUAAAUUCACUGUCAUUUCCUGACACUGCAGAAACGUAAUUUGGGCCCGUAAAGAGCAACAAAAGCACCUUAAGUAAAAAAAGUUGAAAGAGAGUAUUACAGCGCAGCAGUUAUGGUCGAGGCAUGUCUUGUGUCGUGGAUGGACAAUAAUCAUCAUCAUUAACGAGCAUGCACUCAAUUACCGCGCAAACACUCAGUACAAUUACGUAAGACACCUAAUCGGUGCUCACCACCCCUUUGUUACCUUGUUAAAUUAGUAAAUAAGUGUGGAGGGAAGCAGGAUUUCCCUAAUUUAUGUGGAGCAUUCGGACAAUGGGAAAUUUACAACACAGCUGUCACGAUCGAAGUCUGCUUGCAGGCAUAAAAGAAAGAAAUAGAAAGACAAACUAAAAAGAUAAAGAUAAAAAAGAGAGAGUAAGCGUAGUGUUUCAUAAUAAGCGCGGGGGGCGGAGGGUGAACAAACGAGUGAGCGAGUAAAAGCCUUGCCAAGUAGUCAGCAGCAGCUAGAUGUCAGCACUUCUGCGAUCCAGCCUUGAACGACUUGUAAGCUGCGCCAAUUUUUCACUCAGUCACGACGCACGACUUAUCAUAAGCGAAGCCAGCUAGCCAAAUGGGAAAUGCUUUAUGAAUUCGGCCCGCGAGCUAGCACCAUUAGUGAAGUCCAUGCGCGGCGUAUUUACUCCAGGGCAUCGCUUCUGCAACACCACUGUUGCGACCGACAAAGACACAAACGUAAAAAAAAACGCCAUCCCCGACAACGUAAAGGGACACGACGUGCUUUAAAACACAGUAUUAAGCUCACCGGAGACUAAAUGAAUUACAAGUGGACGUCUGUUCUAACCACAUCAGUGAGCGCGGUACAAAGCGGCGUGUCGAUUCGCCGUGCGGCGUUGAAACGCUGACGCCCACAACCACGGGAAGGCGAGUUAGAGACCUCGGGUUGGAGGUCACAUCAGUUGGCCAAGCGGCGCCGAACUAUGGGCUCCAUUGUGUAGAAAGUGAUGCAAUCGCCGUUGCGCGGCGCACCGUCCCCACGUCGUGAGAAGUCGGCAACGUGCGGCGGGGGCUUGUGUGACAGCCAAUGGUAUCGGACAUUGUGGAAUUGACGAUAGCUACAGCGCUAGAAGAGAACUACUACAUAGAGAACAGAACGACGCUUUUUGUCGUCGUUCUUUUCUCGCGCUAUAACUAUCGUCAUGUCAUUCGAACUAGCCCAAACUGCCACACUUUUGAGUUACAUGUGGAAUUGAGAUGAGAAGAUUGCUCUCUGGAUGCACGACGUGUCUUUUUUUUUAUCAUCGAACAAUGAAAAAACAGGCUAGACUUCGUUGUUAUAUGCACGACGAUGGACAAAUGCGAAAUAUUUUUGUUCCUGAUGUAAAUUCGAUGUAUAUUAUAUUGCUCUUAACUAACUAUGAUGUAAUUUUUUCUCGCUUCUAUAGUGUCUCUCAUUGUAACAUAUAAAUGACUACAAUGCCAACAACGAAAAAAUUACAUAUCUAUACCAACCACAAACACCACAUGUCAUUAAACUUUGUUGACAUUGGUUUCCUGUUCAUCA